AGUGCCCAGGAAAGCGUUGUUAUUGUCACUACGCGCAGUGUCAUUGUUGCAUCAAUAACAGAAAAAGUACUUCCAAGUUGUAAUCUGAAGGGUCUAUCUGUUGAUGAUUGUUGGGAUAUAUUGAAGAAAAGAGCAUUUCCAGAUGGUAAUGCUCCUAUUGCAAAAGAUCUAGAAACAAUUGGAAGGGAGAUUGCCAGAAAGUGUGCUGGUAUACCGUUAACGGCAAAGGUUUUGGGAAGCAUGAUGCGUUCUAAAAGUAUUGAUGAAUGGUCGGAAAUUCAAAAAAGUAAGAUAUGGGAAUUACCAGAAGGAGAUGAAAGAAUUAUGUCGGUUUUGAAGUUGAGUUUUGAUAAUUUGAAAUCACCUUUUUUGAAACAGUGUUUUGCAUAUUGCUCAAAGUUCAAGAAAGAUUUUAAAAUAGAAAGGGAAGACUUGAUCCAGCUAUGGAUGGCUCAAGGAUUUCUGUGUUCUUCUCCUAACAAAGAUAUGGAGGAUAUAGGUGAUGAAUAUUUUAUGAUUCUGAUGCAAAACUCCCUCUUUCAAGAUGUUAUAAGGGAUCACUUUGGUAUUAUUACCCAUUGCAAGAUGCACGAUCUUGUACACGAUCUUGCUAAGCUUGUAUCAAGAUCUGAAAUGGAAGAUAAACUUGAGAAUCAACACGUGGCAUGGGAUCCUUCCGAAAGUUCCGAAAGAAAUGUUGAGAAACGGCGGUCACUGUUUGUGAAUGGUGAUCAAGCCCUUAAUAAUAAUACAUUACUUAUAAGCUUUAAGGCUUUGCGUGUUUUAAAUUUGUACAGGGCUGAUAUUGAGGAGCUGCCAAGUUCAAUUGGCGUCUUGAUACAUUUGAGGUAUUUGAACGUUUCUGGAACAAAAAUCAAACAACUCCCUAAGUCUAUUGGCAAGCUUUAUAACCUACAAACGUUAAGAAUGGAGGAUACAAGGCAUCUUGUAACGUUUCCGAAGGAAAUGGAAAAUUUGAUCAACUUGAGGCAUGUUUAUUAUGAUCAUAAGCCAGUCCCAUUUGGGAUGGGACGAUUGGAACAUCUGCAAACAAUAUCUCCAUCGUUUACUUUGGACAAGGAAAGUAAUCGUGGAAUUGACGAACUGGGUGGCUUAAACCAAUUAAAAGGUGGACUAAGUAUUAGCGGUUUGGAACAUGUGAGGGACGGAGGCCAAGCAGAGGCAUCAAAUUUAGUUGGGAAAGCAAAUCUACGAAGGUUGACAUUACAAUGGGACUAUAAUUACAGGGGCAGAAAUGAGAAAGACAUUGAUGUACUAGAAGGCCUCCGAGACAUUGAUGUACUAGAAGGCCUCCGACCCAACUCUGAGUUAGAAAUCUUAAAGAUUGAGAGUUUCAUGGGUUCUAAAUUAGCAUCAUGGAUGAUGAGUGGUUCGUUGCCACUCAAAUUGACAGAGAUUCGGUUAUCGUAUUGCAGAAAAUGCGAACAAGUCCCAUCACUUGGCCAUUUACCAAAUCUUAGGCUUGUUGAGUUUAGCCAUAUGGAUAAGCUUAAAUGUGUGGGAGUUGAGUUUUAUGGUGCGGCUACGAGUACGAAGAAGAAAGAGACUUUGUUUCCAGCAUUGAAAAGCUUAACUAUUAAAUGGUGCCCAGCUCUAAUUAAAUGGGAGGAACUGCCAACAGAUGAGAAAGUAGCGGUGUUUCCCUGCCUUGAGGAGUUGACUAUAUAUUAUUGCUAUAGUCUCGAGUUCAUUCCAAUUACCCUGGGCAAGGGCAAGGACAAGGGCAUGCCAUGUCUCCGCAAAUUGCAGAUUGUGGAUUGUGGGAAAUUAUCAAGCUUGCCGACUAGCUUAGAAUAUUGCAUCUCUCUUCAGGAGUUGGAUAUUCGGGGUUGUCAUGGAUUGACAAGUCUACCGAGUGGGCUACCAUCCUGCACAUCUCUUAAGAAGUUGAGAAUCAAGUCAUGCGACAAUUUGAUAUCUCUGGCAGAUCUCGAUGUAUCCAGGUUGCAGUUUCUUUCCUCUUUACAUAUAUUUAAUUGUGGGAAAUUAAACUAUUUGCCAAUAGAGGGGCUACGCUCUCUUACGCGUUUAGAAUCUAUGAAAAUGGGUCCGUUUUCGGAGGAGCUUGAUUCUUUCCCUGAUUUUGAGCUUCCAUCACAAAUCCAAAGACUAGUGAUGAAAGGGUGGCCUAAUCUUAGGCUCAAGCCUCUGCCUCAACAAAUUCAACAGUUGACUACUUCUCUAACAUCUUUGGAGAUUGAAUCUUUCGAUGGUGUGGAGGCUCUUCCAGAAUGGUUGGGUAACCUUACAUCUCUUACCACCCUGAGUAUUCACAACUGUAAGAAUCUGGUGUCUCUUCCUGCCGUUGAAGUUAUGCAACGCCUCACCAAACUACAAGUGCUAGUGAUUGGUGCAUGUCCCCGUCUAGGGGGAAGAUCCGCCCUCGAGAGCGGCCCAGAAUGGCACAAGAUUUCUCACAUCCCACGUAUAGUUGUUUAAGCAGAAUGAUCGGAAUCUUUUAGUGAUGAGGAUUCAACCCAUGCAACCCCUUCACAAACUAGCUAGCACAGUUGGAGCACAAAAAGGAUCUUACGCAAUUUGAAGAACAAAUAAUGCGCAUUAGGUGCAAACUUAGUCCAGAGGGGAUGGGGAUGUAUUUGCUAUAGAUCCUUGCAUGAGGUAGGUGAAGGUGUCCAUCAGAUGGAUUUGUGAAGCUGAUCAACGACGAUGUGACUUGGCAAGCACAAACUGAUAAGGAUGAACUAUGGUAGUUUGCAGGAAUCAUGAGAUAAUGUUGAUACAGACCAUUAUGUGUUGGCUGCCAGUGGUAGUAAUCUUGUAUGAGCUAGUUCUUUGCUUGUUAUGGCUGAAGAUCUCAGGGUAGCCAAAGCUCAAGUAUCUACCUCAACAACAAAUUCAACACUCCACUUGUCUACAAGAUUUGUAUAUACAGGAUUUCGACAGCGUGGAGGCUCUUCCAGAGUGGUUGGGGUAACCUUACAUCUCUUACCCAUCUGAGGAUUAAGGGGUGUGAGAAUCUGGUGUAUCUUCAUGCCGUUGAGGUUAUGCAACGCCUCACCAAACUUGUUACAUGUCCCGGUCUAGGGGGAAGAUCCGCCCUCCUGAGCGACCCAGAAUAGCACAAGAUUUCUCAUAUCCCAUGUAUAUCAGUUGACCCACUCCCACUCCGAAGAUGUAACCCAACCUACUACGAGCAUUCUUUUUCAAGUGGUGAUGAUUCUGAGAAGAUUUGAAUUCUCAGAUUAGCAUAGUUCGCUGAUGUGCCAACAUUACUUGUCUGUUACUGGCACUCUAUGAAGUAACAUACAAAAACGAUCUGUUACUGGCCUACUUGUCUGUUACUGGCUCCUUGAUCGUUUGUAUGAUAUUCCUUCUGUUUCAGAGAAGAUUAUGUUAUCGGUUUUGAUCAGCAUUCAUUUUGCAUCUGCUUCAAUCAGUGGAGGGUUAGAAGUGCGUAAGCGGGAGAAAUAGCAGCUUGUUCAGAUUCCAAGGUGCAGAUUUUUGGGACAAGCAUCCAUUUGAAGUUUAAAGAGUCCUUAGAAAUUGCUUAUAAAAAUUUGAUGAUCUGGAGGAUUUACUCAAGUGAUGAGGGAACCUUGCAGCUAUUGAUGAACUAUCUAUUUGUAUCUGUGAGAAUUUACUCGAGUGAUGAGUAUCUACCAGCAGUUGAAGACUCCGAAAAUGUUCCCAAAACAAAAAGAUGCACCAAGAAGAGCCGCCCAAGUCAAGUGGCAAAGAUUUUGUCAUAUUUCCAUGAGUCAAGUGUCAUGGACUCUUGCAUGGUUGCAUAUCACACAGAACAAAGGCCUAUGUUCCUAGUCUUAUUUGAUAGCAUGUCAUUUACCUAUGCUAUUGCAAGACUCAGAGUCGAGAUUGAAAAAGAAACUCAUGCAUGCGAUGUGCCUGUGGUCUAGGACUUAUUGCUGUGGACAAAAUGGGUCAACUUGUUUGUUGUUGUGGUGCAGUUUAAUGAGGAAAAGUGUUUUCCAUCAACUUCUAAGAGAAUACUUUUCCUGGCUAGUCAAGCUCUGCGUCCUGUCUCUUCGAAGAAAGAUAGUUGAAGUGCUUUUAUGAGUGACCUUUGGAUGUACUUGCUACUUGGGGUUCUAUUUCUAUAGGGAAUAAUGGGAUGAGAGAAGCUAGAUAAAUUUAGUUUGUUCUUUGUACUCUUUGUACUCUUUUUCUUUUGAUUAAGUGAAUUAUCAUUGGCAUUGUCGCCCGUGGAUGUAGCCCAACUUUGGGUGAACCACGUUAAAUAUGGUGUUUCUUGUUGUGUUUACUUUUGUUGCGUUUGGUUUGUGGGCUCGAACUAGGGAAGUAAAUUAAAUGUGACAAAUUCCUUA